AUGACAAAACGCAAGGAAAUAUCAGGCCGAGUUGGUCCUAGCACAGAAUAUUCACUGCCAGGAGCAAAACGCAAGCGUGAUGGUGGCGAGGACUCAACAGCCGAGAGUCCGACUUCAAGUCAGCCGAGCAACUCGAAAUCUAGAAGGGGAGGAAAGGGGAGGAAAGCACGGCCGACCCUUCACAAAGAAGCCAGCAGUUUGGCCGUACCCUGUUCUGUGGAAUGGCCAGAAGAGUUUAAGAAGGUUGAACGAACGCAUCGAGCUCUCAAUCUUGUCUACACCUUUUGCACCACACGAAAACAUCUCGCCACGACAUUUGACACUAUAAAAUCUGCCGUUGAAGCCCAUAUCAAGCGGGAACUACUGGUCGAUGAGAUUGCUUCCAUGGUAGCGAUUCGCCCUGAGGGUCUUUUCUUUGCAUAUGUCGACGAGAACAUGCUACAACUUGAUGUCAAAGGCACUGAAAGGGACGACGUCUUCCGAACUGGCAAAUCAUUCAGGUCUCAGGCUCCUGCGCAUGAUGCGUCAGUGGGCGGGUACACUGGCAUGGAUGGCCUUGACAAACAACAUGAUCGGGAUCUUGAACCUGCAGGACGAGAAGUCCUUUUUCUCGAAUUCAUCGAUGGCGAUCUGAAGAGACAAGUCCCAGGCAAGUCUGGCGAGCCAACGAAGCCAAACCGAAAAUUGAGAGACGAGCAGCUGAGAAUGCCUGUUUUUAGCCAGAAACAGAUGACCAAUCUGAUCGAGAGGCGUAACCAAAGAUUCACUAAUGCUAUUAAUGCCUUCCUCAAUGAAUGCUCCGAAGAUGGGAUUGAUCCACUUGAAGUUCUCAAAGAACAAACACGGGCAUACAUCCCGGCCCCUUCUGCCCAAGAAGAGUUUGCCCCGGACAAGGCAGCCGAUUCGAUACCAGAGAGCAUACCAAAGGAACGAAAGACCGUGCCAGAAAUCGUACAGGAGCUCAAGGAGAGCCCCUGGUAUACUGGACAGAUUGUCCCUGAUGGGCAUCGAGUAUUUGAGAAGCAGGAGGCUGUUUAUGGGGACCUCAACUUUCUUUUGAGCCAGGAUUUGGUGAACGCUCUAUAUAACGCCAAGGGAAUCACACAGUUCUAUGCGCAUCAGUCAGAGGCCCUCAACAGUCUCCACGAUGGCAAACACGUUGUAGUAUCAACAUCGACAAGCUCUGGCAAGAGUUUGAUCUACCAACUCCCGGUCAUUCGUGCCCUCGAAGAGGAUUACAACUCCAGAGCAGUGUACAUCUUCCCCACAAAAGCCUUAGCACAGGACCAGAAGAGGAGCUUGAAAGAGAUGAUGAGUUAUAUGCCUGGUCUUGAAGAGACUAUGGUACAGACAUUCGAUGGGGAUACUCCAAUGAUUGAGCGCAAUGAGAUUCGGGAGCAAGCAAGAAUAAUUUUUACUAAUCCAGACAUGCUUCACAUUACCAUAUUACCCCAAGAAGAACGAUGGAGAUCUUACCUGAAGAACUUGAAAUAUGUCGUUGUGGAUGAGUUGCACUAUUAUAAUGGUCAAAUGGGGUCUCACAUGUCCUUCAUCAUGCGAAGAUUGAGGCGAAUAUGUGCCGCCGUGGGAAACCGGCGUGUCAAAUUUAUAUCGUGUUCUGCUACAGUUGCGAAUCCAGAGCAACACUUCAAAACAAUAUUCGGCAUAGAACACGUCCAGCUGAUAGAUUACGAUGGAUCUCCAUCAGGACGGAAGGAGUUUUUGUGCUGGAACACUCCAUAUAAAGACCCUGGCGAUCCUGCAUCUGGCCGCGGCAGCACCAAGUUUGAAUGCGCGCGACUGUUUUGUGCCCUGAUGCUAAGAGGUGUGAGGAUCAUUGCAUUUUGCAGAGUUCGGGCGCAAUGUGAGCUGCUCGUGAGCACCAUCAAGCAGGAGCUCGAGAACCUGGGGCGGCCAGAAUGUACCAAUCUGGUGAUGGGAUAUCGUGGCGGCUAUACAGCACAAGAUCGCCGCAGGAUCGAGACUGAAAUGUUUCAAGGUCAACUGCUUGGAAUUGUUGCAACCACUGCGUUAGAGCUCGGCAUUGACAUAGGCUCCCUUGAUUGUGUCAUGACGUGGGGAUUCCCUUAUACGAUUGCCAACCUGCGACAACAAAGUGGCCGUGCUGGCCGUCGCAACAAGGAUUCACUUUCGAUACUGGUUGGUGACGGGUUUGCCACAGACCAGCACUACAUGCAGAAUCCAGACGAGCUAUUCACAAAGCCCAAUUGUGAGUUGCAAGUUGAUCUGGAGAAUAUGCUUGUGCGUGAAGGACACAUUCAAUGCGCGGCAUAUGAAAUGCCAAUACGCCCGAAAAAUGAUGCAAAAUACUUUGGCAAAGACUUACCGAAGAUUUGUAUGGAACGCCUAAUCAAAGAUGACAUGGGCUUUUAUCAUUGCCAUGAUCGAUUUCGCCCUGUCCCUGCAAAGUAUGUUGCUAUACGAGACACAGAAGAUGACCACUUUGCUAUCAUAGACAUCACCAAUGGCCGGAAUGUUGUUCUGGAGGAGCUGGAGGCCUCAAGAGCAACUUUUACACUUUAUGAUGGAGCCAUUUUUCUUCACCAGGGUAAUCCCUACCUUGUACGAGACUUCCAGCCUGACAAAGGAAUGGCCAGGGUGGAAAGGGUCAAGGUUGAGUGGACAACUGUUCAGCGUGAUUAUACUGAUAUCGAUCCCACGGAGACAGAGGCCAUCAGAAAAAUUUCGAGUUCUCGAUCGCAUGCUUACUAUGGAACAAUCAAGAUCCAGCAAAACGUGUUUGGAUUCUUCAAGGUCGACAAGAAGAACCGAGUGUUGGAUGCGGUACAUGUAGACAAUCCACCAGUCAUACGUUUCAGCAAGGGAAUGUGGCUCGAUGUGCCUAAGAAGGCGAUGAGAAUUCUCCAAGAGAGACGUCUUCACAUUGCCGCCGCGAUACACGCUGCAGAGCAUGCCAUUAUGAGUCUACUGCCAGCCUUCGUUAUCAGCAUGCCUGGUGAUGUACGAACAGAGUGCAAGACGGCGGUGAAAGAGUUUGCAAAACAAGAAUCACAGCGGAAGCGACCAGCACGGUUAACAUUCUACGAUGCCAAAGGUGGUGCAGGAGGAUCAGGUAUCAGCACGAAAGCAUUUGACCAUGUCGAUCAACUACUACGGGAUGCGUUGAAGCGGGUCGAAGACUGUCACUGUGAGCGAGGUUGUGUUGAAUGUGUGGCAUCGGAGUUGUGCAAGCAAGCGAACGAAGUGAUGAGUAAAGUUGGUAGUCAAGUGAUUCUCAAGACUCUGUUGAACGUCGAGAUUGAUAUGGAGUCACUGCCGAUGGGUCCAGAGUUAAACAUUCCCAUAGGUACCGAGACAGUCGUUCUGGCAGAACCUGUUCCAUACCGGGCCAAAGAGACUGCCUUUGAGAACCGCAGCAUUACCGAUAACAACGGAUAA